AAUGCAGUAUAAAAAGGGUUUGCUGAUGGGCUUAGGUUUAUUCUCGUGCAUUGAAGCUGCAAUGGAAAAAUAUCUCUUGUUUCCAUUCCUUUUUGGAGCGUUUUUGGGAAUUAGUUGGUGUGCUAAUAUACCAAAUGAUUUAAAUGGUAUGUAAAAUAAUACGUGAUGAUGUUUUUGUUAGCUUAUAGAUUCCCGCGGCAAUCCCGCGUCGGUAUUCAGUCAUACAAUUACCUCAUCCUGUGACCCUCUGUAUAUAUAUGACUACAUACCACUGCAUGCUCUCGGCGUUUAGUUUGGCAAUGCGACGCAAAUUUUCAAUUUUCAAUGACAUUUAACUUUAAAAUUUUUCUAUGUUUUUCAAGUAUAUUCGGAACCAGUUAAGCAAUUUUAGAUAUUUGAUCUGCGUAUAUCUUGUAAAAUUUUUAUACGUUGACGGUUUUAUUUGUUUUUAAACAGUGAAAAUUCGCGUCGCAUUAUCGAAUCGCUUUCGGUCUGUAUAUGGGCCUUAACUGUUACAUUAAACUAAUUUUGCUCUUUUUACCUCUCAGUGUAUGAUUCCAUGUUACAGAUGAACAAGUUUUCAUAAGACGAGUUAUUUUCUCGUCUGCCUUAGGCAACUUUGCCAAGUCUCUCUAGCUAACACGGUUAGCUUUUGAACAAAUCCACAAAGAAAAAAUGGCAAAGUAGAAAAUUUGCUCGUCUGUAUAUGGAUCAACAAAGAAAAUUUGACAAAGCAAUUUGCCCAUUUGGAUCUCGUUUGUCAGCGGUAAAAAAGUUUUUCAUGUCAUAAAAAUUUUUCAUCCUACAUGGAGAAAUAUAUUAGAGUCAUAUGAAAACUUGUCAUAGAAAACUUUGUCGUCUAUAUAUCCCGCUUUUUCAUGUAGACAGGUAGCUAUAAGACACACAGAGCUCUUACUUGAUUAUGCGGGGAGCCAAAAUUUGUCUUUUGGCAACCAAUAUUUAUCAAAAUUUAUUUUUGGGCAACUGAAAUAUUACGGAAUAUUUUGGAAUGAUAAUUCGCUUAAACCAAAAUUUUCAUCAUUAAGUAUAAAGGUCCUUGUUACUUUAAAUUCAUGCUAUCGCAUGCAUUCAUUUGUACUCUCCUGGACAGUGAUAUCCGACUUUUAUUUCCUAUUAUCUUGUAUUGUCAAAGGCUUUUGUCAGCCAGCCAGAAUUAAUGAAUGUUACAAAGGUUGUAAGAGAACUUUAAUCCUUGAAAGAAGUUUGUGAAGCAGGAACUAAAAUCAAAUAUGUAAAAGCUUUGUCUCAUAUAUAUGUUGUUGAUUUGGAUGUAUAAAUAUUCAUCAUUGUCUCUUUCUUAGAUGGCUUGACAGAAAAACGUUUCUGGUUCAACAAGCCAAUAAAGCCAAGUAAGUUUGAUCAAACUUUUGAAAGAGUUUUACAUGUCACUUAGUUCUAUCUGUCUGAAAAAGCGCGAUUAUAUGUAAUUCAUGACGGAAUUAUUAGUGCAUCAAUGUUCCUUUAGCUAAAGGAAAAUGGCAACAUGCAUGAAUUGCUUAAUUUGAAAGAAUAUUUGUUAGGGUUACAAAUCUUUUUCAUAAUAAUGCUUAAUAAAUGCUUAAUACAUAAUAAUGCGUAAUACAAUUUUCUUCUUUUUCUUCAACAGAGCCUACCAGCACCAAAUUUGACGUUGUAUUUUUACUGGAUUCGUCUAACAGUGUUGGUAGAUACAGUUUCAAGACAGCAAAGCGGUUUGCAUCAAACUUACUGAACUACUUUUCAAUUUUUCCCGCCAAAACUCGAGUCGCAGUCGCUUCGUACAAUGGCAACGUGACAUUACAUUUUGACUUCAACAAAUACGCCAAUAAGGAUUGUGUGGAGAGACAAAUUAAAAAUUUAAAGUGAGUAAUUUAUUGCUUGCUAAUAAUUGACAUAUGCAUGGCAUAUAGAUAUCUUGCCACGAUGAGCUCUGUUUUCUGUACUUCAGCGCAAUAAACGAGUCAGAAAUUAAUUCACAUUUAACAAUUAUUCGCCGAAGGCGAGGUGAUUAUCGGGGAAUAUUCGCCGUGAUGAAGUCGAGGUGAAUAUUCCCCGAUAAUCACCGAGCCUGAGGCGAAUAAUUGUUUUAGUAUUUUUGCACAAGUUUUUUUGUGUUUUUUUUUUAUCUGAAUUUGUUUUAAUUUCGCUUAUUUCUUUAUCACUAACUUCAACAAAACGGCUAGCCGCCAUUUUGAAAAUUUCGAUUUUGUUCUAUUCACCUGUAGGUGAAUAUAACAGAUUAAUACGUCAAAUUUGACCAAUCAGCUUGUGGGAUUUGUUAUGUUCACUUGUGCAAAAAUACUAAAAAGUAUUAUUGCCCCAAAUAGUUAACAGUUAGCACAGGAAAGGCAGGGGAUUGACGCGCGGUUAAUAAAAACGUCUACAACUAAAACCUAUAGUAAGCCAAUACACAAGCACACCAUUACAUUAAGUAGCUAUUAAUUAGCUGUAAACCUUUGGAAUAAUCUAUCACUUGAAAUACGCAAAUGAACUUCCAUCAGUGCGUUUAAAUCUCGUUUGUAUAAACAUUAUUUUUGUAGCCGUCUAUUGGCAGCCCUUCUUGUUUUUAUUAAUAAGCGGCGAAGGUGUAUUACUGAGGAGCUGAGAAUGCAAUACUGCACCAUCCCAGUCUCUUCCUCAGAUUGACUGUACAAUGUGCAUCCUUAUCUUUAAAUUAGAAUUAGGGUUAGUGCUAUAGCACAUGGGUUAGGAUUGUUUUCCGAAAUAAUUCCUAUAUUAAAUUAAUUUGUUUCUACGUUGGAAAGUGCAGUCAACCUGAGCAAGAGAAUGGGCUGUCUGUUUAGUGGUAUUAGAGAACUUUUAUUGAAGUUUAUGCGGUUUUCUUAGUGUAAAUUUCUAGUUAAGUUUAUGUGCGGGGUUUGCCUUGUUGGGAGGACUUCGAGUCCGUUCGCCGAUCCCAUAUUUAACUCGCCUUUGUUUGUUGUAUUGUCUUUUGAUUCGUUCUCACAUAGCAUUUCGCGAGUUUGAUUAAAGCUUCUUAUUAUUCAAUUAUUAUUACUAUUACAUAUACAUAUAUUAUUUUGCUCGCUCUCCAACGGUAGGCUGACUGGGCGGCACCCAUACCAUGAACUGAGGGCUCCCAGACCAAGAGCCGAAGGCUCCCAGACCAAGGUUUCCAGACCAAUAGCGAGGCUCCCAGAACAAAGCGAGGCACCCAGACCAAGAGCGAGGCUCUCAGACCAAGAGCGAGGCCCCCAGACCAAGAGCGAGGUUCCAAGACCAAGAGUGAAGCUCCUAGACCAAGAGGGAGGCCCGCAGACUAAGAGCGAGGUUUCCAGACCAAGCGUGAGGCUCCCAGACCAAGAGCGAUGCUCCCAGACAAAGCGCGAGGCUCCAAGACCAAGAGCGAGGCUCCCAGACCAAGCGCGAGGCUCCCAGACCAAGAGCGAGGCUCCUAGACCAAGAGCGAGGUUCCCAGACCAAGAGCGAGGCUCCCUAACCAAGAGUGAGGCUCCCACACCAAGAGCGUAUUCAUGACGUAAUUAUCGAAAAGGUGUUUUGGAAGAAUGCCUAUCCCGGUCUGGUGGGAUUAACCAUUCAUUUGGAAAAUUAUAUCACACUUGACUGAGAUACGACUUCUAAGCUAGCUUGGCCUACUCGUUUCCCAUAUGAACACACAUUGAAUUUCAUGUGCAUUAAUUUAACCAGGGCAAGCAGAGCUUCUGGUUAGCUGGGCUGAUAUAUACAGACUCUUAGCGUAAACAGUUUAGCACCGAUAUAAUUAUCACGCUGAGAAUGAGCGAAAAUUAGAUUAAUGAUUUAAUGUGCCGAAAAUUAAAUCAGUAAAUAAUCUUGUAUUUUUCAGGUUCCAAGACGGUUCCACAGAUAUCGGCAAGGCGCUGGAAUACGUACGCACUGACCUCAUACACAACAUUAACAAUGGAGCACGGAAUAAAGCCAAAAAAGUGAUAUUUCUAUUCACAGCGGGCAGAAAUGGUGAAAAUGCCUUGGACCCUAUUAAACCUGCUUUGAAGUUGAAGCAAAAAGGGGUCAAGAUCUUCGUUUUAUAUUUAAUAGGACAGUCUCGGUUUAGGAAUGCUGGGUAUAGAAAUCGGUUCAGGCAUAGAUUGGGAAAAUGGAGGACAUUUUAUUUACUGCGUAAAAUCGUUAGUGGCUCGAGUUACCUAUUGUCGGCUAGAUCAUACGCUGCGUUCUAUAGAGUAAUGGCUUUGUUGCGUCUAGGUAAGAGAAUUGUUCUAUGGUUUUAUUAAAACUAGUAACGACAACGACGACAACAACAA